GGGCUCCUUUUGCAAUUUACGAGACCUUUUACGCCGCGAGUGUUUCGCUGACGCCGUACGCGUGGUCGUCAGCCCUCUCUGAUCACCUCUUUUCGCGCCGGUCUCGUUCUUGCGCGCCCGGAAGCCCCUGCUGCGCCAGCACAGCUCCGCAGCUCUUUCGGAGCCGCUUAUUCGUGAGGCCGUGCGAGCGCAAAUGGCCGAAAUCUCGGAGGACCCGACGAGCACCGUCGCCUCGCUCGCGCGCGCCGCGGCCGACGCCGCCGCCGAGGCCGCGGCCGCGCGCGACCCGGCGGACGCGAUCCCGCUCCACGAGCGCGCGGCGCGAGCGUACGUGCGCGCCGCGAAGCGUGUUGAGGGCCCGCCGCGGACGGCGCUGCUGGCGAUUGGCGAGGGCCACGCGGCGCGGGCCGCCGAGCUGCGGCGGCCGGCGGCGCCGGAACCCGUCGACGCGCCGCGGGAGCGCGCGACGUCCAAGGCCGAGCCGCCGCCGGGCACGUUGUGUGUGGGCGACCUGCUGGCUCUAGAAAGGCGCUUGCACGCGCUGGGCGCGCGCGAGACGACGGUGCCGGGGGUGGCGGAGGCGCCGCGGGCCGUCGACGCGUCGCCGGCGGUGGCCGCGGCGGCGGACCGGCGCGUCGCCGAGCUGCUCGGCGAGGCCUGGGCGGCGGCGAGCGACGGCGAGGACGACGAGGCUCCGCCGCCGGCCGCCGACGACGGCCGGCUCGCGCGGACCGUGGCGCGCCUCGCCGCGGCGAACGCGGAGCUCGUCGAGGAGCGCGACGCCCUCCGGCGGGACGCGCGCCGCGUGGCGGAGACCAAAAGGGCGACGGAGGCGCUGGCGAAGAAGUACGACGCGAAGUUCGAGAAACUCCGCGAGUCGCUGGACGCGUUCCGGCGCGCCUACCCGGCGCCGUCGAACCCGGCGAACGUGCUCGAGCCGGGCGCGCCGGCGCCCUCGCUCGACGACCUGGAGCGCGACGCGCGGGAGCUGCGGGCGCAGCUGGCCGCCGAGCGGGACCUAGGGCGGAAGCGGGACGCCAUCAUCGCGCGCUACGAGCACUGGUACUCCGCGCUCAAGGCGUCGGCGGCGGCGCGGCGGCGGCCGUCGCACGAGGGGAGCUUCGAGGCGUGA